GUGCCACCUGCCGGCCCUCCAGCGCCGCCACGUGGCCAUAGCCCGGCUGAAGCACCCGGCCAACUUCGGACGCACGGCAAAGCACGUCAAGCUGUUCGUGCUCAUCCUGGUGCCCAGCAAGGAGAAAGGCACGAAAAACGCACUGGAGACGGCCCGUACGUUCGCCACCAUCAUCGCCGACAUGGACUUCCGCCAGCGGCUGAUGGAGGCGCACACAGAGGAGGAGUUUAUGCAGCUCAUUGUCAAGCACACCCAGAUGAUGGCCAUAGAAGACGGAGACACCAAAGUGCAUGCCGUCAACCUUGAUGAAGAGCCGCUGGAAGAUGAAAAGUGCUGCACCGUGGGCACCGGCCUCUCCGCCGACCUCAAGCGAAGGGCCUCGUUCUAUAUCCAGGACUAUGUUGACGGCUUUGUUGGGAACAAGACGCUGCAGAAGACCAUAUCGACCACAUUCUUCUUGUAUUUCGCCUGUAUACUCCCCUCCAUUGCGUUUGGAGUCCUGAAUGACCAUAACACAGGCGGAAAGAUUGACGUGAAGAAGGUGAUCAUCGGUCAGACGCUGGGCGGCUUGUUCUUCUUCGUGUUCGGCGGGCAGCCGCUGAUGGUGCUGCUCACCACUGCGCCGCUCGCCAUCUACAUCAAAAUUAUCAAAAACAUCUGCGACGACUUCGAGCUCGACUUCUUCUCGAUGUACUGCGCCGUCGGCCUCUGGAACUCAUUCUUCAUCAUCCUAUACAGCGUGUUCGACGUGUCGCGGCUGAUGCGCUGGUCAACCCGCUCCACAGAGGAGAUCUUCGCCCUGUUCAUCUCCAUAGCCUUCUGCGUGGACGCCACCCGCGAUACCGUGCACAACUUUCAGAGGAACUACCUGUCUCCGGCGUGUCUGGGUGUCAGUGAGGAGGCCAACGUGACCAACUACGACGUCACCAACGGCACCGUGGUGGUGAUAGACCAGUGCCUGAGAGAGAACAGCAUGCUCUACCUGCUGCUGAUGCUGGGCACGCUCUGGGUCGGCGUCUCCCUCUACAACUUCAACAAGACGCCGUACCUGGAAGCCAACAAGCGGGAGAUGCUAGCCGAUUAUGCCCUGCCUGUGGCAGUCCUUGUUAUGACGUUCAUCGGAUCGUUCCUGUUCAAAGAAGUAAAACUGAUGCCGUUCCACUACCGAGGCGAGAACGCCAUCGGCUUGGUCUCCAUGAGCGGGAUGGGUGCGGGCGCCGUGCUCGGCAGCGCCGGUCUCGGCUUCUGCCUCUCCCUGCUCUUCUUCAUGGACCAGAACAUCUCCAGCGCCAUGGUCAACAACCCCGGCAACAAGUUGAAGAAGGGGCCGGCCUACCACCUGGACCUGAUGGUGGUGGCGCUGCUCAACGGCCUGCUGUCCGUGUUCGGUCUGCCGUGGAUGCACGCGGCCAUCCCGCACUCGCCGCUGCACGUGCGCAGUCUCGCUGACGUCGAGGAGCGCAUCGAACAGGGCCACGUCUACGAAAUCAUCGUCAAGGUGCGCGAGACGCGCGUCACCGGCAUCCUGUCGCACGUGCUGAUCGGCCUGUCGGUGUUCCUGCUGCCGUACCCGCUGUCGUACAUCCCGCCGCCGGUGCUCAGCGGCCUCUUCCUCUACAUGGCCAUCACCGCGCUCAACGGCAACCAGAUGUUCGAGCGCAUCACACUGCUCUUCACUGAGCAGGUGGCGUACCCGCCGAACCACUACAUCCGGCGAGUGCCGCAGCGCAAGAUCCACAUCUUCACCGGCUGCCAGGUGGUGCAGCUUUGCAUCCUCUGCGCAUUCGGCUUCUCGCCCUGGGCUUACAUGAAGACCUUCUUCCCGGUGCUGCUGCUGCUCCUGCUACCCAUCAGACACCGUUUGGUCCCGAAGCUGAUUGAAGAGAAGUACCUGGCCGCCAUGGAUACGGAGCACUGACGUUAGAGGAAGCGCGUCAUCACAUGCGUGACUGGACUCACGUGAGCUAGGGAGCUCGGCUACGGAAAUGCAAUCCUCGAGCGAAAACGUUUCGUGUCAGAUAUUAGCUGGGCAAAAACUAGCUCGUGUGUUUUUGAAGAAGGCUCAACGCCUAGUGCUUUCGUUCGAGAGUGCAAUCCAAGUUCUCAAGCACGAGACUUUGGAAGUAUUAGCUAUCAGCAGCAUCCUUUCCGAGAGAGAACAUCCCUGCGUGCAGCCCUUCAAGCGUCGUAGUGUUUGCAGCAUGUUUCCGUGACGCUCAUCGAAAGGCCAAUUCGCUCCAGCGUGAAGCGCCUUGCUCAGAGGACUGUUCAGUUUUUUUCUGUUCGAAUCAGUUUCUUUCUGUUCAUAAUGGAAUGCAGGGAAAGGCUAACAUGACGGCAUUGUAAGUAAUGCAUUUAUUAUCAAGGAAUCACAGCACUGCUAUCUUAAUUUUUAAUGUCAUCCAUGGACCACUUGUGCGUCUUACACCGGUUACAUGACCUCGUUUAAACCUCGUCAGUCCUUUAUGAUCAUGCUUCCGUCGUGCAUCGUUUUUCGCGCACUUUGAAGACAAAAAACAAAUUUGUCCUGUGGCAUUACUUCACCUUACUUGCGCCCCCCCCCCCCCUUCAGAUCAAUGCUCAUAUGACGCUCCCCUAGCUCUCGGUUUUCUUCUCAUAGUUCAUCUUAGUUGGUUUUUAGGUCGUUCAGAGGGACUGAGGGUCACGCGCUCAGCCUUCCAACGUACUCUUGCAGUACCCGUGCGGUGCUGCAUAUUUCGGUCAGACGGCCCUGGACUCCUUAUAAUAUUUUAUCCCGUUCGUGUACUUAGAAACUGAAACUGUCUUUUCGGCAGCGAACCAUUUUAACUCGGGUGUAGUUAGUCGAUCAAUUAUUGUUCACCGCCACGUCUGCGAUUGAGUCACAUCCUAACCCUGACUCUUGCAGCCCAGUCGUGUUAGGUUGGGCUGGUGCAUGUUUUACGCAUCCCAAUUAGCGAGCCAAGACCGCGUGAUGAUCACACACCGCUGGCGAUCCUCGUGGAGCCGCUGAGCCAUGUAAUGUCGCUGUUAAGGGUUGAUUGGUUGGUACGUACGGCUGUGCAACUCAGUAAACCCAAGGUCUCCUUUAUGCCCAUGGUUCGUCCGUAAUAGCGACUGUCGAAGAACGUGACAAUAUAUCAUAGUUUCCGCUCGCCGCUUGUCACCGCGUCAG